UCCGCACGUGCUGUCACCUGUCAGGCGAUCACGUGUCCCGUCAGAUAAUCAUUUGGAUUUUGGAUUUAUCAUUUGGAGAAUUUGCAAAACGCGAGUGGUCGGUUCCUUCGCCAAUCGCGUUUGCAGAAGUUGCGUGGGCAACUGUGACGUGAUUUCCCUCGCGGUGCAGCAGCCGCGGUCCAUCGUGGGAUUCAAAUGCAUCGCGUGAAACGUAAUGCGCGAGUGGGUGUGUGUGGCCGAUUAAGUUCACUGUCACGUAUGCUGUCGCGGUUCCGCAAACGGCGAAAGUCGCACGGCGAUAUGUGAGUAAACCUUCGAACGACGUGCAAAGUUCGCUUGUCUCGGAGGAGACAUGUGUAUCCGUUAUUUCUAUCAUGGUUUCGAUGAUUAUUGGAGCAUCGCUUUCUAUAUUUCCGAGGAUCGCGUGUUUCGAAUCAAUCCUUUUUGGCAGACACGCAUGCAUUUAGACACGAUUAAGUUGGGAGCGAUAUUCGGAAACAUUCUUCUAUACUGCUGUAUUAAAGAAGAUAUUUGAAAGUUACUACAGAUGUGUGGAUGUGAUUUGACAAUAGCUUUAUCUUUCGUUAAACUUUUAUUUCAAGAUGCAUUUUUCUAUACCUGAUACUCAAGAAUUUACUGAUGGAGCUGGGAAUGCAUACGUUGGGUAUAAUAUUCAUAUCAAUGGAUUAUUUCACUGUACUGUGAGAUAUAAACAGCUGUACAAUUUGCAUGUACAACUCUCUAAGGAUCUUGACAUAUCGUUGCCUGUAUUUCCUCCAAAGAAGUUCUUUCCUUUAACUCCUAAUCAGCAAGAGGAACGGCGGCUAGCUUUGGAAAAAUAUAUUCAGUCAAUUGGUCAAAACAUAGCUAUUAACAAUUCUGAGAUAUUAAACGGAUUUUUAUUAAAUGCUCAACAAGAAACUGUAGGUGGCUUGUCUGAGACUGAGUCUUUGGAUGUAUUUCUCAUGAAUGGAUCAAAAAUUUCAUUAAAUGUUUCUACAAGAGAACAUUCUGGUGAAAUUUUAAAGAAAGUAUAUGAACAUAUAAAGUUAGUAGAAAAAUAUCAUUCCCAUUUUGCCCUAUUUAUUAUUAUACAAGAUGAAUUGUCUGGUAAUAUUAAAAUAUUGCGGAGAUUACAAGAUUUUGAGUCACCUUUUAUAACAUACAAGUAUAUGAGUUCUAUGGGUACAAAAAUUGUUCUCAGAAAAAGUUAUUGGGAUACAAUGUACGAUCUUGAAUUAUUGAAUGAUCCAGUGACUCUGAACUUACUAUAUGUCCAAACAGCUGCGGAAAUUCACAGUGGGUGGAUACUAAUCAACAAAGAUGUGCAGUAUCAUUUGGAGAAUUUGCAAAAAUCUGGGAACAAGAAAGAAUACUUAAAUGUAGCUCGUUAUUUAAAAUAUUAUGGCUACAUACAAUUUGCACCAUGUUAUUGUGAUUAUCCUCAACAUGGUUCAAGAGUAUUACUUGCUAUAGGUGGAAAUGAAUUAAAUUUACGUGUUUUAUCAUCUAAAGAGCACGAAAUUUUAUUUAAAGUUUCACGAAUGCGAUGUUGGCGCAUUACUACUAUACAAAAUGGAACGGACAAUGCUGAAGAUAAUAAUGAGUGCAGUCUAGAAUUAUCUUUCGAAUAUUUAAUUGCUAGAAAUGAAUUGCAAUGGAUUACGAUUGUUUCGGAUCAAGCGAUUUUAAUGUCUGUUUGCCUCCAAGCCAUGAUCGAUGAGUUGUUACAAAAAUGUGUAGUGGGAAGCAGAAUUCAAGUAGAAUCUGGAAAAUCUUGGACAUAUAUUACGAGGGAUGGCCAGAGUCGUAUUACUAUGGGAUCACCAUUGCGAGAAUGUGCCAAUAAUAAUCAUUCGCCUAAAUCGGGACCAAUAAAGAAACUCGCUACUAAAUGGUCGGCUGUGACGUCAAAAAAAUCGGACGAGUCAACAGCUGUUGUUGAUAAGAUGCAGGCAACAUCUACAACAGCUGAUGACUUUGAUAUUGUAGAAAAUAAUGUUUUUCGUAUGAUAGGAGAUGAUGAUUUAUAAAUCAAAUAAUUUUUAAUGAAGAUUGAGAUAUAAGCGCAGUGAUAAAAAAAAAAUAACACAGUAUGCCUUAUCUAAACAACUUUUAGAGAUAUAUUUUAAUAUAUCUACAAAACAGUGAAACAGUUUCCAAUUUAAAGUUAAAAAUAAGUCAUUAUCAAGGCUAAUUAAUUAUUGAAGUAUGCAUAUUGAUAUUUAUAUCAAUAUGAUUAAAAUGCAUUUAUAUUUAUUGAUAACUUUACAUAAAAUAUUCAUUAUACUUCUAUAUACCGUCCUAUUACAAUAAUAAUCAAUCUGAUGCAAGUUGAAAAUUAAUUUGAGCCAAAACUGUGUUUGAAUUAUAAGUGUAAUAUUGUGUACAAUGUACUUAAUGAUAGAAUUAAUAUGAUAAAAACUAAAUCAAACUUUGAGAGAACAAACGCGCAUAUAUAUAUAUAUAUAUAUAUAUAUAUAUAUAUAGUUUGUAGAUUGUUUAUUAUUAUUAAACAAAAUUACUCAAAAGAUGACAUAUUAAUACUGCUUUCAUAAUUAUCUUAAACAAAACUAUUAAUAAUAUAUCUUGCUUUAAAUCUUGUAUUAAAUAGCAAUCAUUCUAUGUGGUGUGUUACUUUUCAUUAUCUAUCUGAUUAUAUAGUUUUUCUGCUAAAUUGAUUCGAAAAACAUACUUUUGCUUCAGUCUCCAUAUUUUAGUCAAACACUGUAAAUAGAUUGUACAAUACACAAUAUACGAAUGUAAAAUCUAUUAUGUUGUCAUAAAAUUGUCAUGAUUAAAUAUGAAUUACAAAGCCAUUCUUUAAAGUGGAAAAAUAAUAGAUUAUAUAUAUUCUAUAUAUAUUAUUCUAUUAAAUGAAUAACUAUAAACCUCCAUAUAAAAAGUGAUUGCUUAUUAAGACUAAAUGACUGAUAAUCGUAUAGAAAAUGCAUUAGUCUGCUCCUUUGUAAUAUUUUUGCUUUAAUCUCUUGUUCUAAUUAUAUUGUGAUUCCAGAAUACAUACUGCAUAAUAUUAGCAGAUAAGAGAUAUAAGUUAAAAAAAUGUAUAAAGUUUAAAGAGGAUUUUACAAUAGUAUGAAUUGUAAAAAUAUAAAAUUUAUAAAUUGA